AUGACACGGACAAAGUCUUCUACCCCCACCAGCAGCGGCAACACCUGCGCGACCGGCUCGUCGGCCACAACUGCGACGCGCCGACAGGCUUCCGCAAGACCUGGAAAAGCGAGAUCCCUCGCUUGUCGACAAUGUCGCGAUCGUAAAAUCCGCUGCGACGGCGCCCGUCCCGUUUGCGAUUCUUGUUCUAGACGAGGUCUUUGUGCGGAACAGUGUAUUUAUCCAGAGAUUGAGCACGAAGGGUCCAUCGCUUCGUCGCGCAGCUAUAUCCGCGCUCUCCAAAAACGUGUACAAGAGCUUGAAGAAAAAGAAAAGCAGUUGGAGCUUGUAUCCCAUGGCCGCGAUGCAUUCGCCGCUACUACGCCUGCACAUGAUGAAUGGAGGAAACACUCUACAUCUCCCAGUGUGGUUUCCGAGCGUCUAACACGUCCUCCGAGACCCGUUGAUCAUGCUCUUCCACCAAUUCAUAUCGAUUCCGGAUAUCCUCUUCCUAGUAUCCCCACCAGAGCCGGUUCCCUACCCAUGGUUCAUGAACCUGCCAGCUGCUACUCUCGCCAGCAUCAUUCCAUGGGUGCCAGUCCACCCUUGACCGACGAUCUCGAAGAUGCCGCUCCCGUCAAGCCCUCAUCGUUCGGUUCCUAUUCCUCCAACGUCAAGGCUGCUUUGAUGCUCCAAAAGAUCACCCUUCCUCCAGUGGACCUUAUGGACGAGCUACUAGCCGAGUAUUUCAACAUUGACUGGAUCACGAUGCCUAUCGUCCACCGUCCAACUUUCUACCAACGGUAUCAUCGCCUCAUUGCUGUCGCCAACUCUCGUUAUCGUCGCGACAUUCCCCUCGAAGAAGCAACCGAACUCGCCGCUACUUACUCCCUCCUCUUCGGAAUGCUUGCCAUCGGCCAACUAGCUAGAUCCACCGUCACUGAAUCUACAGAAUCUCACCUGGCUCACGCAUACGAAUUCCAUCAACAAGCCAAGACACUCCUGCUCGUCGACCUCUUAUCCGUGGCCUCUCUUCCUGUAGUACAGGCGUUAGGUGUUCACACUCGGUUCUUGCGAAGGGCGGGUGCACCUCAGGAGAGUUGGGUUUUGACUGGGAUGGCUUAUCGUCUUGCAGAGGGUCUUAUGCUUCAUGCUGAGUUACCAGGGAAAUCGCAGGCCGAGCGCGAGGAGCGAAGGAGAACAUGGUGUGCUUGUGCUCUACUUGUUAGAAUGCAAAAUUCUUCCGAGAGCCAAAGACCAUCAUUUGGCACAUUGCCCGAGGAAAUUGACGACGAACAUCUUGAGACUUUCGCAAAUAACAUCAACAGGACCCAACCUUGCGACAUUCCCUCCAGAUUGUCUUUCUUUAACCAAACACUAAGACUAUCCGACAACAUUCUGCUGCCUAUUCACGAUGCCUACUUCAGCCAGAAAACAAGCUGUAACAAAGAAACAACCUCAGACAUCAUGUCCACUGCACUCAAGUUUGACUGUGAGUUGGAGGAAUGGCAUGCUGCACUGCCCGAGCAUUUGCAUGUCAAGUUUCCCUGCACACAGCCCGAAGCAAUCUUUCGCCGCCAGGCUACUCUGCUGCGCAUGAGGUAUCUCGAAACCAAAGCUUUGAUUCCUCGAGCGGCUAUCAUGAAGCUCAUCAGCAGUAACACAACCCACCCAGCAUCCCUCAUAGCGAGAUCGAUGCUUACUGGAUUAUUUGAAUCAUGUUACGCUGCAAGCGUGGAGCUUGAGGAUAUCAUGGCACGCGAAAAGAGAUUGAUCACUUUUGACGGGCCUCCUGAUAGUCAAUCUGCCAUCGUUCUAAGCAUAGCCGGCAUGACUCUCAUCAUCUUGGUUCAACACCCUCUCUUCAAAGAUAUCAUCACCAACCCCGUCCUCAUAACCGAUGAAGCAAGACGUUGCCUUGCCACGGCAAAGCAAUACACAAACACAAACAACUCAUUGUCCGAGCGUUUUGUACAUACUCUCGAGUCAGCCUUGCAGCCUGCAUCGCGAUGCACUUCUCCGCGCGGCGUGUUGGACCCGGCACUGAAUCCCAAGACUGUUGGGCCCGCGUUGGCGAACAUGACAGAGGCCUCUGGGGCUGUGGAGAUGGCAUUACUUGAGGCUUGGUACAUGAAGAGACAGGAUCUUAUCUCUGCAUGUGGUUUGCCUGUUACGGAAAUUGUUUCUUUGUGGUAA